GAGGCUGCUUUUAAAUAGCGGUAUCAUAUUUUGUAUUUCUGCACGGAGAGGAGCCGCUACAGUGCGUCAGAUCAGGUGGGAGGAAAAAACUGUAUGAGACGAACAAAUCUUCUUUGUCUGCAAAACACAGACAACAAUAGUCUUUUUUCUUCUCUGGAAAACAAGGAUUUGCUCCUUGCUCUUUCAGUUUGAGGUCCUGUGUGCAGAGAUUUUGCCUCUUUAAGGACACUUCUGCAAACAGAUUGUGUGAGGGCAUUAAGUCAUCUGUUGGUCGGUGGGAUAGAAGACACAAAGCAGCAGCUGUUAGCUGUGCGGAGACAUACUGUCACCUGCUCAGGAUCUGCUUAUGUGAGUGUUUACAGGCUUACUGCCAGGGAUGACAUCGAGAGAGAGGUGAUGCAAUUCGGUGAAAGCUGUCUAUUAAGAUUUACAACUGUGAUUUACAACUGAGGCCUUGCAGGGCGCAUCUCUCGGAGGCUGGACAUCACUGAGGCCUUUGUAAACAAACAGCAUCCACAGUGUUUCUGCUGGUAGAUGCUCUUGUCUCUGACUCUCUUCCUGUGGAGGCUCUACCGACAUUUCUCCAUCAUGUUCAGCUCAGACAGACUCACAGUCCCGGAGUAUGUCAGCCGGCUUCAGAGAGGUAGGAGCGGCUCCAGCCCCGACCCUAGAGCAGUUUCUCCGGGGAUCAGUGCGGACGUCCAGGCGGUUCUGGACAGCUCCCUCCCCGCCCUGCGCUGCGCCAUCAGGAGGCUGAAGUCAGCCAAGGAGACCUCCGAUUCAGACGAGACCCGCAGGGCCAUCGCGGAGCUCUACCAGCUGGUGGAGGAGGCCUGGGUUUUGCCCACUGUAGGCCGUCAGGUGGCCGAGGAGAUCUGCAACAGGAUCCGGCUCGAUGGAGGCCUGGAGCUGCUGCUGCAGCUGCAACAGACACCUGCUGUGGAGAUCACCUAUGAGUCUGCAAAACUGCUGGAGCAGAUACUGAUUUCUGAGAACAGAGAUUAUGUUGCCCGUAUGGGUCUGGGUGUCAUCCUCAACCUGACUCGACAUCAGGAAGAUGCACAACUGGCUCGCAGUGUCUCUGGGAUCCUGGAGCACAUGUUCAAACACACCGAGGAGACGUCUGUCCACCUCAUCUCUAACGGUGCCCUGGAUGCCCUCCUCUUCUGGUGUCGAGGUACAGACCCCACUGUGCUGCGCCACUGCGCUGUGGCACUAGCAAACUGUGCCAUGUAUGGAGGCCACCGCUGCCAGCGAUGGAUGAUUGAGAAACAGGCAGCCGAGUGGCUUUUCCCGCUGGCCUUUUCAAAAGAGGACGAACUUAUUCGUUUCCACGCGUGUCUGGCUGUGACUGUGUUAGCUGCAAACAAAGAAAUUGAGAAAGAGGUGGUGAAAUCUGGAACCUUGGAGCUGGUGGAGCCAUUCAUCGCAUCUUUAGAUCCGGAUGACUUUGCCCGCAGUUUAUUAGACAGUGCAGACUGCAUGCAGGGUAAGACGGCAGCCGAUCUGCAGCAUCUUUUGCCAUUACUGGAUGGCACAAGACUGGAGGGAAAGUGCAUCGCAGCCUUUUACCUUUGUGUUGAGACCAGCAUCAAGUCUCGGCAGCGCAACACAAAGAUAUUCCAAGAGAUUGGCGCAGUGCAGAGCCUGAAAAGAAUCGUCAUGUACUCUAGUAACGGCACAGCCUGCUCUCUUGCCAAGCGGGCGCUGAGCAUGAUGGGGGAGGAAGUGCCGAAACGUAUCCUGUCAUGUGUGCCUAACUGGAAAACCUGUGAGGUGCAAACCUGGCUGCAGCAGAUUGGCUUUAGUGCCUUUUGUGACCGAUUCCAGGAGCUGCAGGUGGAUGGAGACCUCCUGCUGAACAUCACAGACCAGGAACUUAGCUCUGAUCUGGGCAUGACUGCAGGACUCACUCGCAAGAGGUUUUUGAGAGACUUGCGUGUAUUGAAGACUUACGCCAACUACUCAACAUGUGACCCAAACAACAUGGCUGACUGGUUAGUUGAUGUAGACCCUCGUUUCCGUCAGUACACCUAUGGCCUGGUCCAAUCAGGAGUGGAUCGCAACAACGUCCAGAGCCUGACGGAUCUGCAGCUCCAGCAGGACUGCUACAUAGACAACGGAGUCCACAGAGCCAAGAUACUCUCUGCUACCCGAAGGCCCUUUAAACCAUGCCACACUGACGCCCAGCCUGCAGGGCCCGACGUGUUCAUCAGUUACCGGCGGACCACCGGCUCCCAGUUGGCCAGCCUCCUGAAGGUGCACCUGCAGGUUCGAGGAUACAGCGUCUUCAUAGAUGUGGAAAAGCUGGAGGCUGGUAAAUUUCAGGACAAACUGAUCCAAAGCGUACAGCGAGCACGCAACUUCAUCCUAGUCCUGUCCGCCAAUGCGCUCGACAAGUGCAUGGGUGAUGCUGACAUGAAGGAUUGGGUGCAUAAGGAGAUAGUCACAGCCUUGGCUGGUAAGAAGAACAUAGUUCCUGUCACAGAUAACUUCCAGUGGCCUGAUCCCAUGUCCCUGCCGGAAGACAUGAGAGCAAUUCUCAACUUCAAUGGCAUCAAAUGGUCCCAUGAAUAUCAGGAGGCCACGAUCGAGAAGAUCCUUCGCUUUCUGAAAGGACACCAAGACCAAAUCGAUAGCGCGGACGCCUCCAAAACGCAGAAAAAGAAAUAAACUGUCAUUAACAGUUUGAUCUCAGCUAUAAUAACUUUAAAUGAUGCCAAAUUCUACAUGGCCUACAGUGAACAGGCCGGCAGCUUUCCCCGCUCUGCCCAAAUGCAUGUGAAGUGAAUUUGAUCGUGUUAAGCUUACAAGCUCACACAAAGACCUAAUAUAUAUAGACCUAAUGUACUGCAAACAAUGAAUGGAAAUGAAAAGGGGAUUUCAGAUUGUAUAUAUUUAAGUGUAAGCCUUUAAUGAUAGUACCCUCAUACUGCUGUACAUGUGUAAUCAGGUACAGUAUAUGCCUUCUGUCUCUCAGGAAAAUAACUGUGAUAGAUCAGCCAUCAAUGGCACCCCAGCAAAAUCAUCAAUAGCAAUGUCUUAAACAUCCACUAAUCACAAAUGUCAUAGUAAUCAGUUUUUAUUUAACUCGUGCUGUAUAUUCUUAAGCAGGUCUCUGAUUUCUUUUUAACAUUUGUGUUUUUAUGUUUAAUUUGUGAUUGAAAAGAAACAGUUAAAACAGAUGCACUGAAUUUUUGGUGCAGAAAGUAUCUAUGGUAGCAUAAUCCAAACUGGAGGCAUGACAUAUUGUACAGAAAUAAACGAGCUACAUGCUAUAACUGUACCCCAAAUUUAACCAAAUACAGAUUAACAGAGUGUACAGGCCAUGUAGUAUUAACCGUGUCCUUCCUUCUGUGUAAUUAACUUUGAAUUGACGUAUAUGAACUUACAGAAGUGUGAAAUGCA